AUGGUGGAGAUGCUGCCAACUGCCAUUCUGCUGGUCUUGGCAGUGUCUGUAGUCGCCAAAGAUAACAACACGUGUGAUGGCUCCUGUGGGAUACCGUUCAAGCAGAUGCUACAAGCGAGCACUCGCGUGGUCGGAGGCCAGGCCGCUGCUCCCGGGGCGUGGCCCUGGGUAGUCAGCCUGCAGGUCUUCACCUACCACAACAGCCGGAGGUACCAUGCGUGUGGAGGCAUCUUGCUGAAUUCCCAGUGGGUUCUCACCGCUGCUCACUGCUUCAGGCUCAAAAAAAAAGUGUAUGACUGGAGGCUGAUUUUUGGAGCACGAGAGCUCCAGUAUGGCAGCAGUGAGCCAGUGAGAGCACCUCUCCAGGAGAGAUUUGUGGAGAAAAUCAUCAUUCACGAGAGAUACUCCCCCGUCACAGAGACCAACGACAUCGCUCUCUUGAAGGUCACCCCUCCCGUGGUCUGUGGGUACCGCAUCGGACCAGGCUGCCUGCCCCAGUUUAAGGCAGGCCCACCCCGAGGGUCCCAGUCCUGCUGGGUGGCCGGCUGGGGAUUUCUAAAAGAGAACGACCGCAAGAUGUCACCUGUGCUGCAGGAGGCGCACGUGGAUAUCAUUGACCUCAACCUGUGCAACUCGACCCGCUGGUACAGAGGGCGCAUUCGUUCCACCAACGUGUGCGCAGGCUACCCUGAGGGCAACAUUGACACCUGCCAGGGGGACAGUGGCGGGCCUCUCAUGUGCAGAGGCGGCCAGGAGGAUGCCUACGUGGUCGUAGGAGUCACGAGCUGGGGGGUAGGCUGUGCCCGAGCCAAACGCCCUGGGAUCUACACCUCCACCUGGUCCUACCUGAGCUGGAUUGCUUCCAAGAUCGGUGUCAGGGCCUUGCUGGCGGUUCAGUCGGGCACCCCUGCCUCUCCCACUAGUUUUGCAACCUCCGCCAAACUCUCCUCUGCUCGCCCAACUAUUCGUCCUUGCUCACCCUCUCUCCUCAAGGGCACAGUUGUGGUGGUAGACACUUGGGUCUCCUUCCUGGAGGGCAAGUCCAAGUGA